AUGACCAGGAGUCAAGGUUCUGACAAUUUGAUUCCACUCGAGAUAGAGAAACUCGCCAGGUUGAACCGGAGAGAAGUCAAGAGGAGACAGAUGGCUAACAACGAAGUAGCCGAGGAUCCCCAAAACCGCGUACCUCGUCUUGAUGACGACGGAGAACCACUUCUUGAUGUUGAGGGUAACCAAAUCUUCGAGGAUAACCGUAACAAGAAUGUGCAAGAACCUCGAAACAAUGGACAACCGCAACAAUGA